AUGUUACGAGUGGUGGUUUUGGCUUUGCUAACCUUCGGUCGACAAGCGGGUGCGGUCAGCCCUCUUGUUAGCCUUCCAUCCACCUCAUAUCAAGGAACUCCUUUGGCCAAUGGGAUAUCGCAGUGGUUAGGCAUUCGAUACGCUGCACCACCAGUCGGUCAACUAAGGUUUCAGGCUCCUCAAGAUCCUAUAGCAUCAUACCAGUCUGUUCAGAUAGCGGACCAGCAUGGCUUGAUCUGCCUUGGUACCGCUCAAGAUCCGAACGAUGAUGAGACAUCAGAAGACUGCCUCUUCCUGGAUGUCUAUGCUCCAACGAAUGCCACAGAGUCUUCAAAACUACCCGUCUAUUUUUUCAUUCAGGGCGGUGGUUUUAAUACCAACUCGAAUGCCAACUACAAUGGAACUGGACUAAUCCAAGUCAGCGGCAUGAAUAUCGUCGUGGUCACUUUCAACUACAGAGUUGGUCCGUAUGGCUUUCUGGCCGGCAAAGAGGUUGUUGUUGGAGGUAGCCUGAACAAUGGUCUGAAAGAUCAGAGGAAAGCUAUGGAGUGGGUCCAAAAGUAUAUCUGCAAAUUCGGAGGUGACCCUCAGCACGUGGUCGUAGGGGGCAACUCCGCAGGUGCAGCGUCAAUCAGCUUACACGUGACGGCGUACGGCGGCAGAGAUGAUCAUCUCUUUCAUGCUACCGCAGCAGAGUCUCAGUCUUUUGCUGCCCUGAUGACAGCUGACGAAAGCCAAUUCGCCUACGAUAAUCUUAUCAUCCGGACGGGAUGUUUGGAGGAGAUAGACACGCUGUCUUGUCUUCGAAGCUUGAAUGCAACAUUCCUCCAGGAAAACAACUUCAAUACACCAUUUCCGGGAGCCCAGCAAGCUCCGCUAUACAUGUACGGCCCUACCCUCGACGGCGACCUCAUUCAGGACUACACCUAUCGAGCCUACGAGCAGGGACACUUCCUGCGUUUGCCUGCAAUAUAUGGGGACGAUACUAAUGAGGGUACCGUUUUUAUCCCGAAGCUGACGAACAGCAUUGGAAACUCGUCAGCGUUUCUCCAAAGUCAGUUUCCAGCAUUGACAUUGGAUCAACUUCGCACUAUCAGCAUCAUAUAUCCCGUAGCGGAGCAGUUUCCGGACUCAGGUCGCUACUGGCGACAAGUCAGCAACGCGUACGGGGAGAUUCGUUACAUAUGUCCCGGAAUCUACAUCUCCAAUGCCUAUAGCCGCCUGGGACUGCAGUCUAACUGGAACUACCACUGGGACGUACACGACCCCGAUGACGACGCUGUCGGAUAUGGUGUGAAGCAUACCGUUGAGGUAAACGCCAUAUGGGGGCCUGAGAAUGUGAACGGCGGGGCACCACCAAGCUACAGUACCACGAAUGCGCCGAUUGUUCCGGUAGUGCAGGCGUAUUGGACAAGCUUCGUGCGUAGCUUCAACCCGAACACAUACAGACUUCCAGGAACACCUAAGUGGGAAGAGUGGACCUUGGAUGGGUAUCAGAGGCUGAAGUUUAAGCCUGGAGAAACGGCUAUGGAGGUUGUGCCGGAUAACCAGAAGGGGCGGUGUGCUUAUCUGAGCUCGAUUGGAGUCUCGAUCAAGCAGUGAAAAGGGUCGAGGGCGAGACCUCUCUAAGUUAUGUACUAACGAACCGAACAUAUGACCCCAGUGGUAAAUGAUUAGAGUGGGAUCCAUUUUCCAUGGUAAUGGGCGGCAUUUCUGAGUCUCAGCGACAAAUUGCAGUACAUACUCAAUUAUGAUUAACGUAGUCGAAUGAAAAGAUAAAGGGGUCCACUAACUACACACCCCCUAAUUCCUCCAC